AUGGAUGGUACCAUCCAAGCAACAGCAGAACAGGCGCCGAAGCCGCUCACGCAGUGGGAUCAGGAUGGCGUUAGGAAGCGUGUUACAGAUAGUGAAUGGCUGGAUGAAGGGCUGGCAGUAGAUGGAAAGAAGGUUCAGCGCACCGAAGAGCGCAUUCGGGAAGAUUCAUCCUCUUCAUCACGCGAACAAUUCCGUGACCCCAUAGCAGGUGAAGGACGGCGUUGGAGCGUUAUGAAGGGUCCUUCCAUGCUCCAUACGGCUGUUGAAAGCUUCGCAUUCUACCUUUAUUUGGCGUUCUUGCCGGGCUGGCUUGGCGGAUGGCUUUCCAAGGUUCCACCUUUUGCCUUCUGGAGUCCAUCCAUCGUUGGCGCCGUAGCUUUUUGGUCUGCGCUGAAGCUGUGGGGGCCUCUGCUGUCUUGUGGAGCGAUGACGGAACCGUGUUCUGCACUCCUCAAGUUGCGUGCAGCGCGGCGCCUAGCCAGACACGCACCCCCUGAGUGCAUCAAAACCGCCGUCGCAACGCUCGGCGCAGCGGCGACCGUGGGCGUUGCCCUGCGAGUAUUUUUCCCUGGUCAGUUGGCAGAUCGGCCGCCAGUGACGCUUCAGAUCUACAAUGAUAUCCAGUUGCCAGCCGGGCAGCCAACUACACCUUCAACAAGCGGCCCUUUCGACCCGUCGGCGUCGAUGUUCUCUUCUGUUUUAGCGUCGCUCCCACUCUCCUUCCAAGAGGAAGUAGCGAGGCUGGUGAGCGCCUCGCUUGUGUCUGUGGCUGACGUCGCUGUUGUGUUCCGCAAGCUUCUCGUGGGCGCCCUGUGGGCUGGAAGUACGUGGGUUUUGCCAAGAGAACGGCAAGAUGCACUCCUGCGGUCUGAGCUGUUCGUCACCACAUUUGGAGGCGGUCACGAAACGGGAGGAGGAUUUGUCGACAUUGUGCAUCGCCUCGGUGGCCCCGGCUCAAAAGACAAGUCGGAAGUAGUUUUCUGGUUCAGCAAGCUCGUUGACGUGUUCCUGGGGGAGUUUUUUUUCAGCUGUCUGCACUACAUGGUCCAGGCUGCAGAUAUUGCGGUGCAAGAAAUCACGCGCUCCUGCCGAAUCAAAGUCACGGGAUUCGGCAACAUAUGUCUAAAUGACGGAACCCUGGCGUACAUGGUCGGCAGGCCCUUCUGCACAAUCACAGGUGGUCCAAUGCUCAAUCCAUGCUUCGUAGUCAUGGUUAUGAUUGGACGUGGGGAUUUCUUCGCUCUGUGGCUCCUCUUAACGGCAGACUUUUCGGCAGCCUUUGUGGCCAGCCUUCUAGUGAAGCCGGCCAGGAAGGAAACAGACAAUUCGGGGGGUUAG